AUGGAUCAAUUGGUUCUAUCAGGUCACAGAAAGGGUGGGAAGAGAGCAUUUUCUGUGGCACUUGGUUAUGCUUAUGCAAAAACAAACCUCAAAUUUUCAGCACUUGUAGGCAUAGACCCUGUGGCUGGAACAUCUAAAUUUUGUGAAACACUUGCUCAUAUUCUCAAGGGAGUGCCUGUGCCUGUGAUUGGUUCUGGGCUGGGCCCAAAGAAGGCUAAUUGUUCUACUCCUCCUUGUGCUCCUGAUAAGGGAGAUUUCAAUGAAUUGAUAUGUGAGCUUAUCAUUCACCGUUGUUCAGCACUCUCUAGGCCAAAAUUGACUGAUGUGAAAAUGAAGGCAGUACACAUUGCUUUGUGCACUUUGGUGGUGCUGCUUGUGGCUGAAGUUCAAGUGUCAAUGGCAGUAACAUGUAGCCCAGUACAGCUGAGUUCAUGUGUGAGUGCAAUAACCUCUUCAACUCCUCCAUCAAACCUAUGCUGCUCCAAGAUCAAGGAACAGAAACCAUGCCUUUGCCAAUACCUCAAGAACCCCAAUCUGAAGAAGUUUGUGGACUCUCCCAAUGCAAGGAGAGUUGCUAGCACUUGUGGAACUCCCUUUCCAAGGUGCUAA